AUGUUCCUCAUCAACAUCAUCUCUCUAAUCGUCCCAAUUCUCCUUGCCGUAGCCUUCCUGACCCUUGUUGAACGAAAAAUCCUAGGCUACAUACAAUUUCGAAAAGGACCAAACGUCGUAGGUCCAUAUGGCCUCCUCCAACCCAUCGCCGACGCAGUGAAGCUAUUUACAAAAGAACCCCUACGACCCCUUACAUCCUCCAUAUCAAUGUUUAUCCUAGCACCUAUCCUAGCCUUAUCCCUGGCCCUAACCAUAUGAAUUCCACUCCCCAUACCAUAUCCACUAAUUAACAUAAACUUAGGAGUCCUAUUCAUACUAGCAAUAUCAAGUCUAGCCGUAUACUCCAUUCUUUGAUCAGGAUGAGCCUCAAACUCCAAAUACGCCCUAAUCGGGGCCCUACGGGCCGUAGCCCAGACAAUCUCAUAUGAAGUUACACUGGCAAUUAUCCUAUUAUCCGUCCUAUUGAUAAACGGAUCAUUCACAUUAUCCACACUCAUUAUCACCCAAGAACAUAUAUGAUUAAUUUUUCCAGCCUGACCGUUAGCCAUAAUAUGAUUUAUUUCCACACUAGCAGAAACAAACCGAGCCCCCUUCGACCUAACUGAAGGAGAAUCGGAACUUGUAUCUGGGUUUAACGUAGAAUACGCCGCAGGUCCAUUCGCCCUCUUCUUUAUAGCAGAAUACGCUAACAUUAUCAUAAUAAAUGCCCUUACAACAAUUCUAUUUUUCGGCGCAUUCCAUAACCCGUUCCUACCCGAACUCUACUCCAUUAACUUUACAAUUAAAGCCCUACUCCUAACCAUCUCAUUCCUAUGAAUCCGAGCAUCAUACCCUCGGUUCCGCUAUGACCAACUAAUACAUCUAUUAUGAAAAAACUUCCUGCCACUAACCCUAGCCCUAUGCAUAUGGCAUGUAGCCCUACCCAUCAUCACAGCAAGCAUCCCACCCCAAACAUA